AUGCGGACGCUUUUCUUUCUGAGCGCCUUGCUGGGGGCGCUGGGGUCAGAGGAGGUUCCCUCCGGAGCUGCCCAGCAGCUCCAGGCCCUUCACUGCCCGCCCUGCGAGAGGAUACACUGCUCCUCCCGACGGGCGCUGCGGCUCGGGUGCAGAGGUGGUGUCACCACGGGAGUCUGCGGCUGCUGCCCUGUUUGUGCCAGAACGGAGGGGGAGACCUGUGGAGGAGCAUGGGACUAUCUGGGCAAGUGUGACGAGGGACUGGUGUGCGUUUACCCGGACGCAGCGGCUGACAAACGGGGCGAAGAGCGCAAAGGGGUCUGUAAAGCAGUGAUUGCACCGCUGGAUCCGGAGGCCUGUCAUCCCGAGUGCACCAAGGAACACUGCCGGGCCAACCCGGCGGAGAUCUGCUCGGCCAGGUUUGUGUCUCUGGAGAGAAAAGCGUGCCAGGGCUCCUGCCAGCACACCUCCUGUUCAAGCUGCCUGCUGCUGAGACCCCCGUCGUGUCCCCAGACCUGCGCCCCCUCCGAUCCCUCCUGUCUGCACCGCUUCGGGAAGUGUGUCCACAAUCACCUGACAGUAAACCACGGUCCCGUAUGCCACAACAACCUGCAGGCUGAUCCCGAGGGGCAUUUUGUGUGUUUGGUUCCAGCCUGUCAAAGCACACCCAAGUAAUUCCUUGUGUGCGGAGAAGAAAUCCGGAGGAACUCUUCACUAGCUCAUGUAGCAAAAUGUAAAAAAAAAAAAAAAAAAAAAAAAGGCAGCUAUCUCUAAACUUUGUGUGUCGCAUUUUGUAUCUCACGUGAA